AACUAAAUUUCCUCUAUUAACACGAAGGCUAACUAGGUAGCAAAGCGUAAGAGCUGCCCUUGAAUUGAACGAAUGUUAAUCAAAGCAGCAGGCAUUUAAGCAGAGGGUUAACAGCAGCGACAUUCAUAACGUCGUAGGUAUAUUUUAAAGUUAGGUGGUCAUGUGGCAGUCGGAGAGCGAGCAGCUGUCCCUGACAGUCAGCUAGUGGCAGCUGGUUUAGUUAUUGAAAGAAAGCAGCCACUGUCGUGUUAAACCCAGCGCACGUUGAUUAUUUUUUUUCCACAUUAAAUAAGGCGAAGUAAGUUUUGUUAAUGUGCUUGGAGGCCUAAAGAUAACCACGCAGGUAGUUAACAUUAGCCGAGCAGCUGAUCUCGGUGUGUUAGGCCCUUUAAGGAAGUUGGCACACUAAUAGUUGAGUAAAUGUUUACUUUCGGGAGGCUGUAACAAGUACUGGGUCACUGAUUAGGAUUUUGAGUGAGGCAAGUCUCACUCCUCACAUUCGUGCUACACUUACCUGCCUGGUGUUUUGCACCCCAGUUUGCAUGUUAGCUGUUUUGAAUGUUAUGUUUUUCUAAUUUAACUUUAACUUGUGUCUUGGAGUGUUUGUGUACCCACGUUUAAUAUUUGCCAAACAUGCAGCCAUGUGAAUAUUACUAAAGAAGUGGUUCUAAUAAUAUUACCAUUCAAGAGCUGGCUUGAAGAGGAGGGAUGAUCUGAUGGUAACAUCUGGCUGCUUUGACAUCUUUCUGCAUCAUCCCAGCUCUGUUGGAUAGAGGAACGCUCCCACAUCUGCGAAGAGCUGUUGUCAUCUCCACUCUGAACCUAUCAGAGACCCUUCAUUCAUAGAUCUGAAACAGAAAACAUCUUCUGCCUCCUUCCAAAAAGAGACAAUGUAUUGCCUUCAAUGGCUGCUCCCUGUGCUGCUCAUCCCCAAGCCGCUGAACCCAGCUCUGUGGUUCAACCACUCCAUGUUCAUGGGGUUCUACCUGCUCAGCUUCCUGCUGGAGAGAAAGCCCUGCACCAUCUGUGCCUUGGUCUUCCUGGCUGCCCUCUUCCUCAUCUGCUACAGUUGCUGGGGCAACUGCUUCCUUUAUCACUGCCAGGAUGCUGCACUCCCGGAUGCUGCCCACGACCCAGCCAUUGUUGGGACCUAGGAGAGGAGGAGCACCAGCAGCAGCAACACCAGGAAGUGGAGGUGGGGGGAGCAGGAGUAUAAGGCAAUGCUGAGAAAUUAUUGUAGAAAGAUACUGCCAUGCUUAGAGUGGUGAAAAUUGCUGGAGGGGAAUACCAAGAGUGUUCAGCCAAAGACAAACUAAAGAAGAAGAGCUGGUCUUGGAGGGUUAUGAACACUGUCUUUUCUUUUUUCUUUCUUAAUGCUGUAAAGAAGAAUUUGAGGAAUGGGAAAGGGUGCCAGAGGUCACAUUAUGUGUCCUAUUAUCUAACAGGUAGCAAAGGCGAGGGAUCCAAACUUGAAAUGAAAAGGGAAGGACAUGCAUGAACUUGACUUGAUGCUGAGGGAAAAAGAAUUUCACAUUGACCAACUUUCAUUCCAGCACAUGAAUGAAAAAUUAAAAAAAAGUAUACAGUAUAAACUACAUGUGACAUUAACUUAAAGUCACAGGGGUGGGUGCUUUGCAUUAUGCUAACUUGUCUGUUCCUUGUGUCUUAGCUACUGCCAAACGGAGGAUGGGAGAGAAAGCUGCUCAAAACCUCUGAGGUUUUUAUAGUGGGAUGGAAAAUCCUCCAUGGUGGCAGAGGAGGAAAGGUUUCUGGGUGAAGGGAAGUGAGAGGAUGCAAGGAAACGUAAACUAGCAUAACGAAAAUCCCUCUCCAGUUCAGUGUUCCGAUUUAAGAGAUUUCACUUUCUCCCCAAACCCGAUCGCUCAUCUUUUUAAACUGAAAAUACUUUGCUCCUUAAAACUGCCAAAAUCACUUAACCCCUCUGAAAACUGCUAUGGCAGCCACGAUCACUUGCUCAACAAACUUUAUACGCCAGGUAGUGUUAAACUGUAGUCAAAAACAAGAGCGUCACACCCCUGACAGCCCUGGAUGGCCAAACUCUGUCGCCACUUUGGCUCUGCACACGUAAUGCUCCACAAGGCGAGUACACAGACACUGGACAAUCAGUAACUACGCUGUGAAUAUGUCCCCCCUUUGCCGCACUUCUACUCAAACACACCUCAAACAGGUGAACUAGAGCUGAGGACCUACGAUGUUAUUACCCGCUGUGCUCUACAGCUGCUCCUCAUCGUCCUGCCUCAGUGUGACCUUCCCUACUGCCAUCUGAUCUUUUUUGUUUCUGUUCUUUUUCUUUUGCAGUUUGCAUGAGUUGCUCUAAGUUUUUUUUUUUUUUUUUUUUUUUUUUUUUUUUUUUUUUCCCCCCCCCAAGCGUCAAGGUGACACCCAAAUUUUUAAUAAGUUAAAAACGCUGAAAGUUUCCAAAGGGUAGAAAAAUCUGGAUGUGUAGUUGAAUGAAAGUUUUCUGUAAUGUGCUAUGGGUGUGCAUUCUUUGUGGUCAUGACAUGCUGAUCAGUGUAAAAAUGUGGCAAUACACAAGGAGACACAACGGCUAUGGUCAGCAUUUCCAGCAACAAUGAGCAAUACAGAGUGCAGGCUGAAGAACUGAUUUAAAAAUUUCACAGGGGAUUGGAGUUUCCACAGGUGUCACUGCUGUAAGUGUUAAGUUUAGCUGUCAGACACAGGCUAAGGUGUUUAUACUCUGUACCUGUUGGAAUGUGUGUGUGCGCGCGCGUGUGUGUGGCCUCCUGUGGCAGUGCUCAUUGCGUUCACUGCAACAUAUUUGCUUUGGUUUUAAUUUAAAUAAAGUUUUCCCUCUUAUGUGUUAAACUGUGAGGUUCUGUGUCAAACAAAAAAACGUAUUUUGAUUAAAAAAUAAAUGCAAGUAAGAGUU